GGGGCGAGUUAGUGUUGUGAAAGCUGAGUGAGGUGGUGGUGUUUAUCUUGCUGACACACUAGCCAUUACCAUAUAGCUAACCUAGUAGGUCCUCCAGCCUCACACAACAUUUUCAUAACCAGGAGAGGUGAUGAAGUGGGAGAGGUGACCAGAGAAAGUGAUAGUUGUUGUCCAUGGCGACCAGUGUUUGGUACAACUUGGCCACCUCUUGGCCAUACUCAGUCACCCUCUCUACACAGCAGUUUGGCUUGUAAUACUGUUAAUUGUAUCUCUGUGGCCGCGAGGAAUGAUAUGUGUCAGUUGUUGUCACUUACAUGUGUCAGGUGAUGUGGCUGGGGGUGACAUCUGUUGACACAAAAGAUGAGUGGCAAAUCCAAGAGCCUGACAAAGAAUGGGGUUCUAUCACUCUUUAAUCAAGAAAUUAAGACUGCUAUUAACAUGCAGGUUAUUUUCAUUGCAAGUACUGAUGUGUCAUGCUACUUAAGGCUAUCAGAUGGGAAGCAUGUUUCACCUGUAAUAAUUCUUUUGAAUGAAAAUUAUAAUCCUAAAUUCAGAGUUGGUGCUAUCCUUGCAAUAAAGGAGGUAUGUUUUAUGUUACUUGAAGAGAGGACGGAAGGGCAGCAUCCACUUGAGGACAAAGGAUUUCAUCCCCUUUAUAUCAAAAGUUACUCUUUGUUGGAACACCAUCAUGUAACUAAAAGUAUCUUAGGGUCAUUAGAUCCUUUUACAUCCUACGUAGAUGCAAUCAAUCACGUUCAUCAAAUUUUGAGAAACUUAGAUCCAAAAAUUGGGGAGCACAUAAGAGGGUCUAAGCAGCUGCAGGAAGAAGCAGAAUCACUUCGAUGCCGUGGUAAUACUUGCUUCAAUCAACAAGAGUAUAAUGAAGCUAUUGCAUUGUAUGAUACAGCUAAGAAAAAGGACCCUUUCGACUAUAGAGUUUGGUCCAAUUGUAGCCAAGCUCACUUUAAAAUGGAGGAGUAUGAAGAAGCUGAAAAAGAUGCAGUAAUUGCUAUUAAAAUGAAUCCAUUUAUUGAAAAGGUAUAUUAUCGAGCUGCACAGGCUGCUCUUUAUCUGCGGGACAGUACGCCAGCAGUUGUAUAUGCAGAGAGUGGAAUUUUUAUCUGUGGUAAAAGCAAGGACCUUCAACAAAUUAUCGAUGGAAUGCCGAAAUUAAAUACAGAGGAAACUCAAGAGAAAAUAGAAGCUAUUAUUACAAAUAGCUUGGAGAGGGUUCCAGCUCUGCUCACUGCUGUUACCAGAUCAGCUAAUAUAUCAUCUGCUGCUUCGAAUUUUCUCAUUGAGAAGGCUGUAGCAUUUACAAAAAACACAAUAUCGACACAGGUGGAGGAAACUCUCGAGAAUCUUAAGGAGUUUACUCUCGGUGAUGAAGACCAAACAAAAGAGCAGAAGAAAGAAGCCAAAGGAAAAAAGGAAAAAAAUAAAAGGAAAAUUAAGGCAGUAAUAGAGGAAAACUUAAAAGAAUGUGAAGAAAAAAGGAUUAAAGAAGAAAAACGAAAGGAAAAAGAGGAAGAACGGAAAAAAUUGGAAUCCAAAAAAGAAAAAAAUUUGAAACCAAUAAAUGCUUUCCAUGAAACUUUACGAGAUGGACGAAGAUUAUAUGAAACAGGACAGCUACAUCAAGCCAUAGAAAUGUUCAGUAGAAGUUUAGCAUGCUGUUGCCUAGAUAGUGAUGGUAAUAUUAAUAAGUGUGGAAAUAGUGAGCGUUUGGAGGUACAGGUAAUCCAGUUUGUAAUAGGACUAUGCAGGAUUCAGUCUGGUAGAGUGUACAUCCUAGAUGGCAUGGAAAUAAUGAAAAGCUUGUCUGAUGCCAAAAGUGCCUUUCCAAAUCGACCGGCUGCACAUUAUUGGCUCGGCCUUGGCUACGAAAAAAUUUAUUUAUUUAAGAAGGCUCACUAUCAUGCCUGCACCUGUGCAGAAGGAUUAAUGUCACAAAAAAAUAUAAAACCUCUAAAGUGGCCUGGAACUGAUGACCCAAUACCAGAGACAGUGCCAGAAACCUUACAAGAUAAUGCUAGAGAACUUGUGGGAAGAGCAGCUUCAUCGAGACAAACACCAAAGGCUAGAUGCCGUUUUAAAGACUGCAUUGCCACUCAGGCACAUGCAUAUGCCAAGGAAGAAAUUUAUGUUACUGACCCCGAUUUCAAAGGAUUUUUAGAUGUGACAUGUGAAGAGUACUGCACAGUCAGCUACCAUCCGUGUUGUUGGAAGGCUCACAAGGAGCAACUGGAUGAAGGCAUUGGCAGAAUGUCUGAUAAAGAUUUCUUGGGAAUGGAAUGUAUAACACCAGACUGCACUGGCAAAAUUUGCAGUAUCCGAAUAUAUGAUGAAACUAGCAAGCUCAAGAAUGAACUUGCAAAGGAUAAAAAAGAGAAGAAAAAUGGGCUGCCCAUUUCAAAGCAAAAAAAAAAGGAAAAAAAGGAGAAGAAGAUUCAGACCUCUAGACUUGCAGAAGCACGAGAGAAAAAGAAGUGUAAAAGUGAAAGCUUUAGUGAAGAUGCACCAUGCGGUGAUGAGGCAUUUAGCAAAGCAGAACUAACAGCAGACCACAGUAAAACUGGUACCAAUGAUGGUGCGAACAUUAAUAAGGAAAAGUCAUCAGCACCAGCAGCUUCCAAUUUACCCAUUGAUCCAGAGAGUUUACAAACUACACAAAUUACUAUAUUAAAGCCAGUAUUAGAUGAAGAAGAGUCGAUCUUUAUCAGGCCUGGAAAGAAAAAUAAGAAGAAAAACAAGAAGAAUAAAGCAUCAGCUCAGCCAGAUCUUCUCGGUGACCCAUUAGAAGUUCCUCAGAAUGUGCAAAAUGAGUAUCUGUCCCGAUUACGAGUUCUUAGGCAUCAGAGAGAAGCCUUAGAGGGAGAUUUAACAUCCUUGCCAAAAGCUACCAGUCCGGUCAUACCAGGUGUUACACCCAGUGAAAAUCCUCUGAAACUGCUUGAUCCAGAGAAUCCUUUCUACAUGCCUCAACACCUGAGAGACAACCCACAGGAAUUAGAAUGUAUUCUACAAACCAGUAUGAUGCAAACAACUUCUCCAAAUCUUCAACAAGAAACUAUUAAUACUCUUCUAGAUUUCAUGUACGAUUGGUUGAAGUCAGAGGGUCCUAUGUCUAUCAAUGACGCUCGUCUAAGAGAGCAAGUUUCAGAAAGCUUCCCUUUAGAGGCAAGCACUUAUGUUAACCAGUGUGGAGGAAUUAAGGAGUUUCUCAUGCAGUCUAUUAAAUUUGCUAUGAUUGAUGAUGUUAUCUGUGUUGGAGACCACGUAGUCAAUGCUCAAGAAUUGGUCUGCAGUGAAAUCAAGGACCGAAUGAUCAACUCAAGAUAUCUUACAAAAUACAGUGAUGGCCGAAAAGCAAAAAAAUUUACACAUCUUCUGGAAGACACGAAAAGCACUUGUUCGUCUGCCUCGUCAACUUCUCAGUUAGCAGGUUCAGGUGUAUCUUAUGUGUCGAAAGGUACUUCAGAUUCUACUCUUUCUGCCAACAAAAUAUUUUAUGGGGAAGCAAACAAGACAGCAACCAAAGCCUCAGUCAGGAUAUCACCUGUUAGCUUCCUCACCAAUAAUAGUAUACAAGAGCUUGGCGAAUGUACGAUUCCUGACAUGUCACUCAAUCCCUCUGCACCAGAGUUCGAGCCUGUUUUUAAUGAGCUGUCUGAUGAGGAAGAUAAUGCUUGGGAAACAGAAUUCGAGUGUAAUUCUAAUCGUUGGGCUAUGCAUAGAGAUGAAAAAUUUGAUAAAGACUACUCAGAUUUGGAUCAUAAAGACAAAGAAGACUGUGAUCUGGCUAUGAAAUCAGAAAAAUCCAUCAUUGCUGUGGAAGAGACAGAUGAGAUUUCCCAGUGUGAUGAAGACGACGACGACGACGAAGAUGAAGAGUGUGGUGACGAUCUUGAAGAAAGUGAUCAGAAUGAGAAUCUGAUGGUGGAGGUUGAAGACUUAAAGGAGGACUUACAGAGAGAGCGGGAGCAAAACCAGCAUCUAAAUGACAAGUUAUUUCAAGUCAAAUCUCACUUCAAAAGUGAGGUUAAUAAGCUCAAGCAACAGUUGGGUGACCUCCGAGAGGCUAAUGUGGAAUUAGAAGCUGAGAAGCAGAGUCUGGUAGCGCAACGAGAGAGCGAGUCUAGAAAAUUCAAGUCAGAUAUGUCCCGUAUGCAAGAUGAGGUAAAGACUUUCCAAAGUAAAAACCAAUCACUUGAGCUGAAGUAUGAACGGUGUAAUGACAAAUUCAAUGAACUUCAAGGCAAACUUGUGGAGGAACAAGAAGUGAACAUGCAGAUUAGGGAAGAAAUGAAGAACCUUCAAGAAUCACUGACGAGCAGUUCACAACGGGCACACGAGGCUGAAGUUAAAUAUAUGUGUAUCAAGAAAGAUCUUGUGGAGGAUCACCUCAACCGGACAAUUGAACGAUUAAGUGAUGAAGUGAGGCAGUUGCGUCGUUUAUUACCCAGUGCAUCAGAGGAAACAAUACCAGAUCGUGCUACUCUUACACGCUCCAUUGUAACCUGGGAUGAAACCAUCAAGAGUCUCCGUGAUCACAGACGUACCUUCACGGAGGAAGGCAAAAAACUGCUGGGAAUGGUGAACCAGGGACGUCCUCUUAAUGCUCUGCCCCCAGGGGACCUCAGCAUACCUCCUAUACCUAGUAUCUCUGUAGCACCAUUACUUUCUCUUGGACAGAAAACCUCAAGGAAGUCGUCACCACUAAUUGCUCCGGAAAAUAACCAAGAGCUGGCCAAGCAUCCCAGCUCCUCUCCUCAGACACCAUUGUUACCAUUAACAGUUCCUGUUAGUGUAGACCCUCCUCCAUCAGUAGGGAUACCAUUAAUUUAUCAGUCUUCAGCAUUAGAAGGAAAUCCUGUCUUCAUGCGUAAUGGUGGUACUGCUGUUCCCUUUAAUUGUGGAGCUAUUCCUAAAGGCAUUAUUAAUCAGCCAUCCACAACUGCAGAAAUUCCAAGUUCAACAAAGUGGGGAGAUGCUCCUUCAUUGCUCAUGGGUACUCAUACCUGGGAAUACUCUGAUGGAGAUGUAAAGCCACUAAUAGUUGGCACUCAUGCACUUGGUGUUCAAGCAAAGGAAAGUAAAAAUCCAAGCAAACCAACAAGCCUAACAGUUGGAGGUGUGAGUGUAUCCAUAACUGAUUCAGUAGGCAGUAAUUCCUCGGCUUAUGGGUUGAGUGACAUUUCUCUAAAUGCCAGUGCUGAAGUCAACAUGUCAAGUGCCCACACACAGUCCACACCAACACUACACCAACCUACCACAUUGACUGUGACAAAACCUAAGUUCCAGAACCUUUCCAGCAACAGCUCUGUUGGGACUAUUGGAGCACCUCCUCCAAAAUUGGUCCGUCCCCAGUCCAGGCAGUCUCAAAACACUGUUAAAAUGGGAAAUCAAGGUUCUGUAGUCAAAGAUGAUAGUGUCACAAUCACCACAUCUUAUAAGAAGCUCAUUGAGAUAUGCAAGCAACGGAUUGGCAAGGAUCAUACAUCGUAAGUUUAAUCUUUCGUCA